ACUAUGAGAGAGAUUUUGGCAAGUGAACGAUGGAAAUCUGGUCCACACUUUCUUAGAUACGAUGAGGAACAUUGGCCUGCUCAACCUAUUAUAAAUGACUUGCCGGAUGAAGCAGAGAUCAAACGAGGCAAAGAAGUCUAUGCAGCUAGCAUAACACCAAACCAAGCAAUGAAAAAUGCAGUAGACAGACUACUGGAACGAUACUCCAGUUGGCAUCGUUUGAAAAGAGCUACUGCUAUCUUGUUGCGUCUCAAGGCUUUGUUACGCAAGAAACUAAGUGUUCAUCUUUCUGACCCCAUCACUGUUGGUGAGCUCCAGCAAGCAGAGUUAGCCAUUCUCAAUUACGUACAAGCUGCAACUUUCAGAUCUACUGAAGCCAAGCCUAGUUCUCUUCUCAAACUUAAACCCUUUAAAGAUGAAACUGAUCAACUCCUUCGUGUCGGAGGCAGACUAAUGAAUGCCCCAAUUCCUUACGAGGCUAAACAUCCAGUGAUCCUACCUAACAAUCAUCACGUCACCCAGCUAAUUAUUCGUCACUAUCAUCUUCGCUUGGGUCAUGCAGGGCCAGAACGAGUUCUUACAGAAAUUCGUCAACGUUUCUGGAUUCUAAAGGGACGUGCUGUCAUUACACAAACUCUGAAGUCAUGCCUACAGUGUCGCAAGUUAAGAGCUAAGCCACAAGCCCAGCAAAUGGCAAACUUACCUGACUCUAGAGUGACACCGUGUGAGCCUCCAUUCACUCGAGUGGGCAUAGACUACUUCGGGCCAUUCUUGAUUAAGAAGGCACGCAGUGAACAAAAGAGGUAUGGAUGUUUGUUUACAUGUCUCACUACGAGAGCUAUUCAUCUCGAAGUCGCUCACACCCUAGAUACUGAUUCCUUUAUCAACGCACUACAGCGAUUCAUUGCCAGGAGAGGUUCCCCUUCUGAAAUACGGUCAGAUAACGGGACUAAUUUCGUUGGUGGAUUAAGAGAGUUACGGAAAGCCAUCAGUGAAUGGAAUCAACAAAAGAUUUCUGAUUACCUGCUGCAGAACAAUGUAAAAUGGAUCUUCAAUCCACCUGCUGCCUCCCACAUGGGUGGUGUUUGGGAGCGACAAAUUCGCACUGUUCGUUCCAUUCUAAACACUGUCCUAUUGCAGCAGGCACCAGAUGACGAGGGUCUGACAACACUGUUUUGUUGCGUUGAGGCUAUUGUCAAUGGUAGACCAAUCACUAAACUCUCAGAUGACCCAUCAGAUCCUCUACCACUAACCCCAAAUCAUCUGUUGUUACUCCGUUCGGGUCCAACUCUACCUCCAGGAGCUUUCGUAAAACAAGAUGUUUACCGACGCAGAUGGCGCCAGGUCCAGUAUCUGGCAGAUAUAUUCUGGUCGAGAUGGAUUAAAGAAUAUUUGCCUGCACUGCAGCAGCGCCAAAAAUGGCUACAACCAAAGCGUAAUCUUCAAGUAGGAGAUCUUGUGAUCAUUCUGCAUGAAAAUACACCACGCAAUCACUGGCCACUAGGUCUGAUUACUCAAGUUUACCCUGGUACAGAUGGACUUGUGCGUACUGUGGAAGUGAAAACACAGGCAGGAGUCUUCAGCCGUCCUGUGGAUAAAAUCUGCCUCCUAGAAGCCAGUUUUAUCAGUUGAACUAGUUUAGUUGAGGCAUCACCUUUACUUUCUUUGAAUGACCUGUUUGGGUCAUUGGGGGCCGGGAUGUUAGGUGCUGCCCCUUUAAGAACGUUGUUUCAGUGGCUCAUGUGAUAGCUGACGGAAAGGGCAGAGGCAGUUGAAAAAGAGACAGACAGAAAAGCAUGUUGUUCUCAUGUUGAAGCUUGUUGAACUUCUAUAAUGAUUGCAGAUUGAAACUAUAAUUUGAACUGUAUAUUCCCAGCGUGUUUGACCGCACUUGUAUGCAUGUACAAACAUGAGAAAUUUCUAAACUACAAGUAAACAACAACAACCAAUCAACAAAUGUGUACGGUGUGAGUUCUGCACUAGUGGAAUAAAUAACAAAAUCAAGUUCCAAGUUAAUGUUAUCAUUUCACGGGUAACACCA